AUGAACGGCUUCUCGAUCAUUCGCAAGGAUGCCAGACUUGUCAUGCUUCUGUCUUUAGCCGUUGCCAUUCUCUUCGCUCUCGGACACGGCAUCUUCUAUCGCUGUCUUCAUAAUCGAGACGUGGGUAUCAUCGACCAGCGACUCAGCACGAGUAUAGGAACCGCAUUCGCCUUCCUCGUGAAAGCAUCCCUCGGUACUGCCAUCGCGACUGCGUAUGCUCAGCUCUUGUGGCGUACACUGCUGAGCAGAGCGCAUACCGUUGAGAUGAUAGACUCUCUCACAAGCCUACUAGGCUCUGUGCUGGAGCUUAGACUUGACUAUCCGCUCUUAAUUGCCCUAGCUGUGAUCUUCUGGACGAUUCCCAUUGUGGCUAUCUUUCCUCCUGGUGCUCUUUCCGUGUUCACGACCUAUCGAGCGGACGUACGAGAAGGCUCUGCAAACAUGAUCGACUACAACACAACCAGCUUGCUAGCAGUGAACCAGACGGCCGUCUUGCAGUACCCCAAGCCGGACACUGAUCCCGUAUGGCACCUGACUACCAAACUGUCGCUCGCAGCAUCCAGUCUUGCUUCGUAUGUGGCGGGCCAAGGUGAGGUGCCUACAGUGCACGGCGUAGUUAACAGCACCUACCUCUUGUCGUUCGGUGCUCCUAACCUGCAGUGCAAUACGAAAUACUGGCCAGUGGACUACGUUCUCAGCUGCCCGCUGAAUAAUGAUCCAGCACAUCCAGCAGUCGUCAAUGUCACUUACCUUUCAUGGUACAGCAGCAGUGUGUCACCUAGCUACUAUGGACUCGGUAAUACCUCUUUCUCAGCCAACGUUACAUCCAAUGACUCUGGGCAUCACAACUACACGACGAAUGACAUCUGCGGCAAUAUAAUGCCCAAAGUCUCCAAUCCUGGGUUUACUGGGAAUGCGACAAUGCUCUACAUAGCUACAACGUUCAAAGAUCAGACCGGCUGGAACAUCACGACAUGUGGACUUCACAAUGUAACCACGACAUUAGCGGUCAAUCUCACUAGCAGUGACGACCAGCUGUAUGCGACGAUGCAGAAUUACUCUCUGCAACCCAUUGAUCGAAGCUGGGCCGACUGGACGCUCAACACCACGGGAGCCUCAAUGCAAAUCUGGGACAGCACAAACGUUCACUCCGAAGCUAGCCGGUAUCUUUACAAUCAGCUUGCAACCUUCUAUGCUGUAUUCAAGUGGUUUGGUGAUAUGGCGUCCGGCACCAACGUAGUUUCUUCCCGGCCCGCAAUCUUCGACACACGUAUCAUAGGCGCCGAAGAACUACACGGCAGCUCAGCGUCUACAGACCAUGGUGGCGUCUUCGGGGAUCCUGGCAGUGGUCUUCUUGCCCCGAUGCUCGAGCAGUUAUUCCAAAACAUCACUCUGACCUUGACGACGUCCCCGCUCUUGGUCGGUAGCAUACAAACACCUAUGAACGUAACUUCCCCCUACAAUGUGUACCACUACCACCCACGACAUCUCGAAAUACCGUACGCGGUCGCUGUCGUGGUCACAGCUGGGGUUGUGUUACUGGGCUGGUUUACGAUCACGAAGAAUGGAGCGGCGUACACCACGAAGUUCUCCACUUUCGUGCGCACCUUACAAUCGAAGUCUGGUGCCGAUCCGCUACCUGUUGGCAUAGGACUGGCUGAGAUACGAUUGGGAGCUCAUGGUGGUGAAGAGGAGCUUGUGACGUACGAGCGUCCGCUGCUGAAAGAUGGCUCGUGA